GGUGGAGGGAACAAUAAGCACACAGUCCUGGGAACAAGCUCGAUGUGUUCCAGGCAGAGCUGGAAGUCAGUGUGACUAGAGUAAGGAGAGGGAAGAGGAGAACCUAGGAGUGAGGCGGAGGGUCCGGGUUGUGCAGAGCCGCAUAGGCUGAGAGCGUUAAGCUGAAACCGCUGCUCAGCUUCCAAGAUGCGGCCGCCCACAUUGCAUGUGCUUCUCAGCCUUUGCAGCUGCCUCCCUCUGGUUCAUCCUUUUGACUGGCAAGACCCUGUUGCCCACAUUGAACCAUCAGCACUGAUCAGUAAAUUACAAGCUCUGAUGGCUGCUGCAAAGUUUAACCAAACUAGAAUCCCCAAAGGAAAUGGACCUUAUUCCGUCAGUUGUACAGACUUGAUGUUUAAAUACACUGAUAAGAGUACCUUCUUGCGUUUGUAUUAUCCAUGCCAAGGUGAUGAGCUCUCUGAAACCAUUUGGAUCCCAAACAAAGAGUAUUUUUUUGGUCUUAGUAAAUUUCUUGGAACAGGCUGGCUUAAGGGCAAAAUUUUGCACUCAUUAUUUGGAUCAAUGACAAUUCCUAUAAGCUGGAAUUCCCCUCUGAGGACCGGUGAAAAAUAUCCACUAAUUGUUUUUUCUCACGGUCUUGGAGCAUUCAGGACAAUUUAUUCUGCUAUUGGCAUGGACCUGGCAUCUCAUGGGUUUAUUGUUGCUGUCGUAGAACACAGAGAUAGAUCCGCCUCUGCGACUUACUACUACGACGACCAAUCUGCUGCAGAAAGAGGGGAAAAGACGUGGCUCUAUCUUAAAACUCUAAAACCUGGGGAGGAGGAAGUGCCUCUACGAAAUGAGCAGGUACAGCUAAGAGCAAAGGAGUGUUCCCAAGCUCUCGAUUUGAUACUUGGCGUUGACCAUGAAACGGACAAUGUAUUGGAUGUAGAGUUUGAUAUAGAACAACUGAAGGACUCUAUCGAUAGCAAUAAAAUAGCAAUAAUGGGACAUUCUUUUGGUGGAGCCACAGUUAUUCAGGCUCUUAACGAUGACCAGAGAUUCAGGUGUGGUAUUGCCCUGGACGCAUGGAUGCUUCCACUGGCUGAAGAAGUACUCUCCGAUUUUUCUCAGCCCCUUUUUUUUAUCAACUCUGAACGGUUCCAAAAUCCUGCUAAUAUCAUAAAAAUGAAAAAAUGCGACUCACCUGGUAAAGAAAGGAAAAUGAUUACAAUCAAGGGUUCAGUCCAUCAGAAUUUUGCUGACUUCACUUUUGCAACUGGCAAAAUUAUUGGACUUAUGUUUAGCUUACAAGGAACAAUAGAUUCGAAGGUAGCUAUUGAUCUUAGCAACAAAGCUUCACUGGCAUUCUUACAGAAGCAUUUAGAACUUCAGAAAGAUUUUGAUCAGUGGAAUGAUUUGAUUGAAGGGAAAGAUGAAAAUCUUAUUCCAGGGACCAACAUUGACACAGCCUAGCAACAUGGCAAUCUACAGAACUCUACAGGAACAGAGAAACAGAAUUUAGAUUAAAAGUCUUUUUUUCCCCCAAAGUCUUAUUUUAAAACGGUCUCAAAGUGUGUGUGUGUGUGUGUGUGUGUGUGUGUGUACACGCACAUGUGUGAUUUUAAUGUAUUUUCCCAAUGCACUCAUAUUAAAACAUUUAGGCUAUACCAUACUAGUGAUUGAAGCUUCGAUUAACGUAUUUUUCCUUCAAAUGUAAACUGCUGUAUAAAAUUCAUACCAGCCUAAAUUUUACUUUUCCUAAAAUUAUCCUUUUGUAGUGCUCAAGUUGAUAACUGUUUUUACAUUUCUUUAAUGAACAAGGAUAUUAAAAUAGGCAUGAUGCCAAUGAAAACAUGUUGCAAUAGCAUAAUACUCCCUAAAAAUGCAAUAAAAACAGAUUUUCUUGCCUCUCUUUUC